UUUGCUAGCAGAACAUUAAAUUUCUUGAUAUUUCAAAAUAUACAGUUUAAGAUAAUAAAAGUAAAAUUUAUAAAAUUGGAAAAUAUUAGCAUUUUGACACAUUUAACUAUCUGCAGCUGUCCUGAAUAGUAAAUACACAACAUUCAACACCGGCAAAAAAAACAUCAUCAGGAAUAUAUUCCAACCGCAUUAGUGCAUCAAACUUUUAAAAAAACAUUAUUAUUGAACAAUCAUGUUCAGAAUAGCUAUUAUCUGCUUAGUGCUUUCACUCUUUAAAAGUGGAAAAUGUGAGCUCAAUGAAACUUCUUUACAGCUGCUCAAAACAUCUUUCUUCGAAGCUAUAGAUUAUGUUCGUAAAGAAGUAAGGGAUGAAGACGCAGCAAUUUGCAUAGGCAUUGCAAGAGCUGGCAAAAGUACUCUUAUUAAUUACUUAAUUGGCGUUCCAUUGGCGGCUAAGAUAUUAACUAAACAUGAUCAUCCAAGACUAAUAGUAAUAAACGAUACUGACAAAUCGCCAAAAAUUGGUCAUGGCUCAGUAUCAACUACUUCAAAACCUUCAAGAUGGGUUUCUUCAAAAUUAUCAAAUUUGGCCAUCUGGGAUACACCUGGAUUUAAUGACAAUAGAGGAGAAGUACAAGACAUUAUCAAUGCCUUUUAUCUUUUUCAAUUGUUGAAACAUAUUAAAUCUCUAAAAAUUAUUCUUGUAGCCAAACUUUCAGACAUUAGAGAAACUAAUAUCAGGAGUUUUACAGAUCUUUUAGAAAAUCUUUGCACGCUUUUGGGAAAUGAAAUGGUAAAUCUUUUUGGAAGCAUAUCUUUAAUUUUCACCCAGUAUGAUCCAUCAGAACAUAACAUAAGUAACUUAGAAGAACAUAAAGUUCUUGCAAAACACUUGUUCCAUGAGAAAAUUUUAAGUAAACCGAAAUUGGCUAUGCGUACAGAUUCAAGAAGCCUUGUAAAAUAUUUAUUUGAAAACAUAGACCAUGUAGGCUUCUUCAACGCGGCGACUAAAGAAGGAACUGAUAUUUCUGAACUUGAUGUUGGUAUUUUUUCAGCUAUUCGAGCUUCUGGAAGUAUACCGAAAAGUUCUCUUCAGUCUUUACAUCCGAGCAUUUCAGAUACUUCAGAAAUUAGCUUGCGCAAUUCACUACAAAGAUUGACGUCUUUAGAGCAAGUUACUAACUUAAGCGUCAUUCUACAGUACGACAUUUCUUACCAAAAAACAGUUGCAGAUAAUUUGGCCUUGAAUAACAAUAAGACAGAAAUUAAAACUUUCAUAGAAAGAUUUAAAAUAUUUCAAAAAGAGCUAUACGAAUGUAUGCAAUUUGAAUGUAAUUUAACCACUAUGAUUAACAUCACUCAAAGUUAUAGUAGUAAAUUAGCAGAUGAAAUUAAAAAAACAAAUUUUACCGAAAGAAUUGUACUACUAGAAUUUCUUGACUAUUUAUUAAAAUCAGUUAGAGUUAAAGAAUACACAAUAACUUUUAAAACGAUAAUUUGGAGUACAAUUUAUCAAAUUAGAAACUUAAUUAAUCAUUCUGAAGAAAAAUUACUAAAUGUAACAAGAACUCUGUAUGCAGAGGAUGAAGUCCGUGAGAAAAAGAAAUUCACUGAGGAAAUAAAACGUUUAGUACGUGAAUUAAGAGAGUUAAAGGAAAAAAAUCCGAAUGAAAACUCACUUAUCGACAUUACUUUCAAAGCCCUGGAAGGUAUAUAUAGAACUAUAAUGAAUAUAGUUAAUCAGAGUGAAAUGAAAGAAAUAUACUAUGGUGAUCCAAGUAUUAAUAACAUUGACAGUGAAACAAGCGUUACAGACUUUCAUCCCUACAGUCCUAGUCAGACAUUCACUACUACGAUUCCUGAUGAUGACUUAUGUUAGUAACGGCAAAGAAUUAAAGUUGAAAAAUUUUCCACUUUUUAAUUCAUUUGUUUUAGUAGGAAGAUUAAAGUUCUUUCAUGUACGACAAAAAAUUUAAUUAUAUAAAAGAACAUUAUCUUUAUACCUUGAAAUUAAAAAUUAGCGAAGAAUUUUAUAAAAUAAAAAUUAUGGGUGCUGGAGCCAGAAAGGUAUUUAAAAUGGCAGUCAGAUGUUAUACUUUAUUUAAAACGAAUGUUUAUCGCAAUUUAAACAUUGAUUGUAACUUGAAAAGAAUCAGCUGGAAUCUUGAAUAUGUUUUCUCUUUCAUUUUCGAUUUUUGAAAAAAUUCCAUUUUUUGUUACUUAUUUUUAUAGUGAUAGGUGUUCUGUAAGUUUCAAAGUGGAAUCUGCAUAACUUUCCGAAAAAUAAAUAAAAAUGUAUAAUGCUGUGUGCAAAGAUUUAAAUGUCCCAAUUGAAUAAAUGUUUAGCGUCAAACUUUCCUCAACAUUUAAAUUACAUUUUCGCCUUA